AUGGAGACGAAUCCCUUCGCGCCACUCGCGUCGACGAGUCGAGACCAGCGAUCGACCCCCGGAGACCAAAACCCCGACCCUCAGAGCGCAGCUUCGUCCGCCCUCGACCCGGGCUCGUCGUCCAAGGCAAACUCUAAACGCAAAAAUCUCGACGUGGGGAAAGAAGAAACGUUCCCGUUGAGCGUGUCCGCGGAUCCCGCAGAGAGAGAUGUCGACAGAUAUGACGAGCGGACGCCUCUCAUGUCGAGCUCCUUCCAUAUGAGGCGGGCCGAUUCUGCCUUUGGCACAUUGGGCCUUGACCAGAGUCAAUAUCGGCGCCGAGACUCCAACGCCUCCUCGAGGACCAAGCCGUCCGCCUUCAACGUCAACUAUCCACCCUCUGUACCCGGAACACCCACUCUUGGUCCUAGCGCUGGCCUUGACAUGAGUUUCGGCGAUGUCAUGAUACGCGACGAACUAGCGCGGGCCGAUACCCCCGGAAACCUAAGCUCGGAUGAAGACGUCGGCGAGACCGACGAGGGCGGUGCACCCAAGUCUUUGUCAAAUAAGUCUCGAAGGAAUACGGGUCUUCAAUCGGCGGAAGAUGACGUCUGCUUCCCUGCACCAGACCUGUCCGAGGUUGCGGAAGAAGGGGAGUCCUUAUACUCGGCUCGCAGCGCCUCUACCCCACAGUUCAAUCCCCGCCGCCGCCGUAGGGGACCUUGGCCCGACCUGUCUGUCUUGGACUCGUGGAGCCGGUAUGAGAAGGAGCAGGAAACGGUGCGCGUGAAGAAGAUUACCGAGCCGCAGCUCAUUAAUGGGAGGUUGCGCGCUGUCCAUAAGGGGUGGUAUCUCUCCGAGGACGACGCACCUUACCGCUUCACGUACUUCAACGAGGAACUCCAGAGCACGAUACACAGCCAGAGCAUAUCCGGUUUGGUCCAAGAGGGAGGCUUCCGUGAGCUCUUCGUCCCCGACCCUCGCCUGCUCUCCGACGAUGAAGUCCGCCGCUCCAGCGAGCCGGGCGAUGCCGCCAGGCCCUCGGUUUCGCGAAAACUGUCCGCCCUCACGACCCAGGGCAAUAGCGACCUAUUAGCUACCUCUCGGCAAGGACUCGACCGCGAGCGCCCCCUUAGCGUCGAGACUAGCCGGCGGCAACAGGUCUCGAACUCCGAGCGCCGCCUCCAAGCACAGCUCCAGCUCGCAACAGCGCAAGGACCUUUGGUAUCCAUCCCUGACGGCCGAGGAUAUCAUGGUGCAGGAGGCACGCGAAAGGUUGAGCUCUUUCGCAACUACUACUUUGUUAAUUACCGGACGUUCGACCAGGACAUCAACAGCGAGAACUACAUGGAGCCUGUCAAUAUGUACACGGUUGUCUUCCGCGAGGGCAUCAUCAGCUUCCACUUUUCUCCCACGCCCCACGCUGCUAACGUGCGCCGCCGAAUCCGGCAGCUCAAGGAUUACCUGAUGGUGUCGUCGGACUGGAUCUCAUACGCCAUCAUUGAUGACAUCACAGACGUAUUUGGCCCCUUGAUCCACAACAUUGAAGAAGAGGUUGACGAUAUAGACGAGUGUAUCAUGAGUUCAUGGGGUACUGCAGCUAAAAAGGUAGAAAAAGACGACGAGAAGGUUAGCGAUGACGGUUCCUCCAUCACCGAGGUUGUCAACACAGCCGACGUGCUUCGCCGCGCGGGUGACUGUCGAAAACGAGUGAUGAGUCUGUACCGUUUGUUGGGCAACAAGGCAGACGUCAUCAAGGGAUUCGCCAAGAGAUGCAACGAGCAGUGGGAGGUUACACCCCACUCCGAUAUUGGUCUCUAUCUCGGCGACAUCCAGGAUCACAUCCUGACCAUGACGUCCAAUCUCAGCCACUAUGAAAUGAUCCUCGCCAGAGCUCAUGGAAAUUAUCUCGCGCAAAUUAACCUCAAGAUGACAGAGCGCUCGGAGCAGACUGCUGACAGCCUCAACAAACUGACAGUCCUUGGUACCAUCGUCCUCCCUAUGAACAUCAUCACUGGCCUAUGGGGCAUGAACGACAUUGCUUCCUUGUGCUUCUCGGACGGCUUAAAGGCUAUCCGCCGAUGA